AUGUCUUCAAAUACGCAAAUCGAUGAUUCAUUUGUAAUCAUUGAUAUUGACGAACAACAAAGAGUAAUCGAUAGUAUAAACACAUAUAACCUUCGAGAGAGUGACAUUGUUAAUGAUAACCAAUCUUUAAAUGUAGCUCUUUCAAAUGGGUUGCAAUCAAAUUCUACAUUAGCUGAUGUUUUAAUAACAGAAUCAGAGUUAGAUUGUAAAAAAACUAUUCAAAAAAUUAAAGAAAAUACUCCAAAAUAUUAUCCUGUUGUAAGACAGAGUACAGAUAAACAACAAAGAAUUACAAAAAAUGAUGUAAAAAGGAAUAUUUGUGAUAAUAAAACAGAAAUUGAUCAAAAUGAAAAUAAAUGUAAUAAUGAUUUCUAUAAUAAAAUAAUUCCUGCUGAUAGUAAUUUGACAUUAAAUAAAAUUGAUACAAACCCAAAUGCUAUUAAUUACGAUGAUAAUAUUUAUGAUGAUAAUGACUUCGAAUUGCGCCAAAAAUUAAAACUAUUAGAAGAAAAUAUUGAUAAAAGUGUUUUCACAACAACAAAUAAUGAAAUGAUAAAAAUUAAAAAAAGUGUAGAACAAUUUCAAUUUGUUUGUUGUGUUUUUUUUGAAAUGUUUUUAUUUUUCACAAUUAAUUUUUCAAUUUGUUUUUCAAUGAUUUAUAAUAGUAAUACUGAUGUUGUUUAUUCAAAUAAAUUUAUUAUGUCAGUAUUUUCAUUUUCCCUCUUUGUUGAUUUAGUAAAUUUAAGUUGCCUACAUCAUUAUACUAAUGAGGAGAUUUUCCUAAACCCUCCAAUUUCUUGUUAUAGAUAUAUUAAUUCUGCAAAGCUGAAAAUAUCUGAAAUAGAAUAUGAGGAAUUAGAUACUUAUGGGCCAAUUGCAAUUAUUGUCAUAAAAAUAUUGGUAGGUCUUUGUCUAAUGAUUUCAGAUAACAGAAUUAUUGAUAUAAAAACAUCUUCCAAUGAAUUAUAUUUAUUUGCUUUAGGAUUAUUAUCCGCAUUCACCAUCUAUUUACUUGAUCUUUUGUUUUUAGUUUAUUCUGGUUUUAGAGUUAUUAUGGAGCAAUCAAAACACAAUUUUUAG